GUUAUUAAGCACAAAAUGCAGCAGAUAUAGUUAAAAUGACCCUUCGGUGUUGAAAUAAAUUGAAAAUCUGAAAAUGGCUUCUAAGGAAAAGGUUGCAAUUAUUGGAAGUGGUCUGAUUGGACAAAGCUGGGCAAUGAUUUUUGUCUCUGCUGGCUAUCGUGUUCAAAUGUAUGAUAAUCAACCGGAGAAAGUCAUUACUGCCAUCAAAUCAAUCGUUGAUCAACUUAAUAAUUUGGAAUCAAAGAAACUUCUUCGUGGUAAUUUGUCAGGCUCAGAACAAGCUGCAUUGAUCAGUGGAGCAACAACAAUGUCUGAGGUCUUGCAAGAUGUUUUUUGGGUUCAAGAAUGUGUUUUUGAAGAUGUUGCUCUGAAACAGAAAGUGUUCAAACAUAUCGAUAGCAUGCUCAAAUGUGACCCCAUCCUGUGCAGCUCAACCAGUUUCAUACCUCCAUCUCAAUUUAUGGGACACAUUAGACAUCGAUCAUCUGCUCUCGUUAAUCACCCUGUCAAUCCACCUUAUUUCGCUCCAUUGACUGAAUUGGUUCCCUCACCAUGGACUAAACCAGAAAUAGUCACUAGAGCCAAGGCUAUUUUAACUGAAGUUGGUCAAAAGCCGAUUGUCGUUAAGAAAGAGGUUCCUGGCUUCAUUAUUAAUCGUAUUCAAGAUGCCAUUUUUGCUGAGGCUUAUCGAUUAAUUGAAGAUGAUGUGGUUAGUGUCGAAGAUUUAGAUGCUGUUAUGUCUGAAGGACUCGGAAUGAGAUAUGCUUUCACAGGUCCAUGGGAAACUGCUCAUUUGAAUGCCAAUGGAAUGACUGAGUAUUUUGAAAAAUAUGCUCAAGGAAUUUUUGAUGUUCAAUCUACAUUCAAGCCAGUCAAGAAGAUGGAAGGACCAACAGCUGAAAAAAUCAUCGAGGCGAUGAAUAAGAAAGUGCCUAUGGAAACCUUGAAUGAAAAACGAAAAUGGCGUGAUGAAAUGAUGAUUAAAUUGUCUCAGAUAAAAAAGUCCUCUCAAUAAUCGGUUGAUACUGAAAUCGGCACUGGAAAUAAACAAAAAAUUUCGAUUUUUAGAUUUAGCUUCACUAUUACAAUACAAUAUUGUAAGUAAUAAUUUUAUAUUCCUUAUGACGUAACUUAAAAAUAGAACUAGUAAAUGGAAUGUGAAUAGUCUAGACAAAACUAACUGAAUAAACUUCAAAGAUAUUCAUACACAGCGAGCAAUGGAUUGGCCAAGGAUCUAGUGUGAUGGAUUUUUUGUUAUUAUAUUAUUAUAAUAUUAUGAAUAUUAUGGAGGAUCCUCUGUGUAACAUUUUUAUGCUCAAUUUUGAAGACGAAAAAAACUAAGCUUUAUCUGAA